CGUAUGUUUGACCGAACCACCCGCAUGCUGCUGGCCAUCACCCUGGUGUUUAUCAUCGCUUACCUUCCGUUCAUCAGCCUGGAGCUGAUCAAGUACGCCGCCCCUGGGCUCUUCGCGUCCAUGAGCGGCGUGUCACUUGCGGCGCACAAUCUGUUCUGGAGAUCGUAUCUCAUCAACAGUUGUGCGAACGCCAUCAUCUACUGCAUGUAUGAUUUGAGGUUUAGAAGAGAGUCUUUGAAAAUAAUAUCU